GACCAAACAAAGCACAACACUGGAGGAGGGCGGUGCAGCCGAUCCAAAUGGAAAAGGCAAAGGCGAGAACAAGGACAUAACGAUCUCAAUCAAAUUCAGCAGCAGAUCAAUUCCGCUCACUCUUUCACCUGACUCCACCAUCACUCACCUCAAAUCCCUUCUCCAACCCCUCACCAAUGUCCUCACUCGUGGCCAAAAGCUCAUCUUCAAAGGUUCCCUCUCUCUCUCUCUCUGUGAAUUCUCGCUUUCUCUCUCUAGAAUGAAACUUGUAUCUUUGUGGAUAGGGAAGGUUUUGGUCGAUACAAUGACGUUGAGAGCAUUGGAGAUCACGAAUGGUGCCAAGGUCAUGCUCAUGGCCUCUCAAGGUUUGCACCAAGGGGCACAUUCAUCAUACAUUUCCACUAAUAGACACUGAAAAGCCAGUCCACCCACCAAAGCUCCGUCGUUUUGAUUCCUGCCAGUGGCACAAACGGAAUUGUUCAAACUAUGGAUGAAAGUGGUCUUACUCAACAACCCAAAAAGCAGAAGCUAAAUGAAGAACUAGACAUUGUUGACAGGAACAUCAAAUGCUUACAUAAUUUACCGGAGGAGAUUCUUCGAUACAUCCUAUCCUUACUUCCAACAAGAGAUGCUAUUAGAACUAGCAUACUUUGUAAGAGGUGGGAAUACCUAUGGACGUCCAUUCCCAAUCUUGAUUUUUUUGGUGGAAUGGAUCAUGAGAAGAGAAUACUUUUCAUGAAAUAUGUGGAAAGAGUGCUUCUUCUUCGCAACUCAACUGAUAUAAAAAGAUUCAGUCUCUCUUGUCAAGUGCUAAAUGAUGCAUCUCAUGUUAGUGCGUGGAUCUCCACUGCAGUAAGGCGUAAUGUUCAAAAGUUGUAUCUUAGACUUUACCACUUUGCAGAACCGUUUUCAUUACCUCAUAGCUUGUUUAAAUGUGUGACAUGGACAGAGCUAGAACUUGAAAUAUAUGGUAUCCCUAAACUUCCUCCUACAGUUUGUUUCACAAAUCUCAAGAGCUUAAUUAUUAGAUAUGUUACAUUUUCCAAUGAGUACUUAACCCAGAAGCUUUUUUCUGGAUUGCCAGUCCUGGAGGAGUUGGAAUUAGAGUAUUGCAACUGGGUGAAUAUUAAGGUUGUGAGUAUUUCUGCUCCAAAACUUCUUUAUAUUGGCAUAACCGAAGAUACAGAAAAUCAGAAUGAUGAAAAGGGUUGUCAGGUCAUGAUUUCUGGAGUUAGUCUCAAUAUAUUUUAUAAUUUUGGUGAAUUCUACAAUGAAUACCGUGUAUAUAACUCAUCCUCACUUGUAAAUGCAACAAUUGUUGUUGGUUGGUCUCUUCAGAGACAAAGGCAAGUUGCCCAGCGCAUGUAUAUUCUUCUUACAGGGUUCUAUAGAAUAAAAGAACUAAUACUUGCAGACUGUGCUCUUAAGGCUUUAACAUAUGCAGUAGAAGUUGCAGAACUCCUACCUUCAAAAACGUGGGAGUAUUUGGCAUUCGAUGAAUCGCUGGUUAAUCUUGACAGUGUAGCACUGUUGAAGAUAUUGCAAAAAUCUUCGUGUCUUAAGACAAUUGAGUUUUAUGGGGAGAUCAAUCUAUCCUCAGAUUAUGAAAGGAAUGAUAGAAUACUGGAUCCAGUGCUGCCAUGUUUCUUGUCACAGCUCAAUUGCAUUAAAGUUUGUAAUUAUGAGGGAGACGAGAAGGAGCUAUCUGCUGUAAAGAUUUUGCUCAAGAAUGCAGUGGUCUUGGACAAAAUGGUCAUAACUUGUUCACAUCAUUUUGCAGAGGACUUGGAGAAUCUGAAGAAGGUUCACGAACAGUUAUUGAAGCUACCCAGAGGGUCAAAACAUUGUGAAUUGGUUUUUGAUUUGAACCUUUCUUGAGCUUUUAUCUCCACAAAAGCCAUUAAUUCCUAUUUCAUUAUACUUCGAACUUCAAAAACUAAAUUCCCUUUUUUCCUGUCUUGACCUUCUACGUACCCAUGUAACUUGCUAUAAUGUAAUGAUCUUUUUUGUUAAUUGAUAAUAUAGUUUUGAAUUGUCCAA